AUGAAGCUCCCCUCGUGCCUGCUCGCCAUCCUGGUGACCCUUGCGGUCACCGUCUCCGCGACUUCCAACACCACCGCCUUCCCUGACUGUGCCAUCGCCUGUCAGGAGAGCAUCUCCUCCACCUGCGCGAUCACGGAUGCUUCCUGUCUCUGCACGGAUUCGCUCGCCUCCUCGGACCUCGUCUUGUGCGCGUCGACGAACUGCACCACCCCCGACUACUACAUCACCAAGCAUGCGUUCGAACUGUUCUGCGACCUGCACAUCAAGCCGGCCCCCCUGGUCGUGGAUCCCGCCACCCUCGUCCCGCUCAUCCUCGCCUCGAUCUUCUUCUUCAUCCGCCUGGCGGCCAAGGUGGGCAAACUGGCCGGGGGCUGGGGCCCGGACGACACCACGAUCUCGAUUGCCUGGGUCCUCGGACUCGCCGUCUACAUCGUCAAUGCCCACAUGGUCUCCCUCGGCUUCGGCCAGAACAUCUGGGACAUCUCCGCCGGCAACAUCACCCUGAUCCUGAAAUACUUCGAGGGCCUGGCCAUGAUGUACAAGUUCCAGAUCUCGCUGUCCAAGAUCUCCGUCCUGCUCUUCCUCCUCCGCAUCUUCCAGUCCCGCACCUUCCGGACCCUCGCCCAUGCCCUCAUCGCCAUCAACGCCGCCAUCGGGAUCACCUUCGCCAUCGUGGAUCUGCUGCGCUGCACCCCGGUGCACCUGGACUGGGAUGGAUGGACGGACCUCUACCCGGGCACGUGCAUCCAGUUCAACGACGCCGUGCUGGUCCACUGCCUGGUCAACAUCUUCGUCGACGUCGUCAUCGUGUGCCUGCCGGUCUACGAAGUCAGCAAGCUGCAGCUGCCCACGAUGAAGAAGGUCACCGUGGCGAUGAUGUUCAUGAUGGGUCUCGUGUUGACCAUCAUCGCCAUCAUCCGAACCGUCGUGUUCUGGGACAACCGCAUGGGCGCCAACGAGACCGCCGGUCUCGAGCCCCUCAUCCACUGGUCCGUCAUCGAAACCCAGAUCGCCGUCCUGACCACCUGCCUUCCCGCCGCGCGCGCCCUGUUCGCCCGGUGUGUACCGGGGAUGUCCGGCAGCGACAACGCCCACACGUACGGGCGCAACACCUACGAGCGCGGGCAGUCCGGGGCCAAAACCAAGAUCUCCAAGUCGGUCAACAUCUCGGUGGACUACACGACGCGGUCGCAGCGCGACUCGACCAGUGAGGUGCACCUGGUGGAGAUGGGCGGACGGUACGAACGGUUCUAA